UCGACAAUCAGGGGGAGGUUGGCAGACGGGGGUGACUCGUGAGUUUUGAUUGAGGCGGGUUUACUUUCCCCUCUACAGGCUGACAAACGCACGUCAAAACAUGGUCAUGUUGCAGCGGUGCAUUUUGAAGAAAUGUCUCCAACAGUUUUAUUUAGGAAAUCAAGAAACCACUAAAAGUCUGCUAUCAGCUGGGUUUACCCCUGCGCGUCUGGGUGGACACCGAGCUGCUGGGCACAGGAGCAAAUCAAGUGUUCCAGAUGUAAGGGAGCGGACUCUUAUUGCUGUAAAACCAGAUGGAGUUCAACGUCGUCUUGUGGGACAAAUAAUUCAGCGGUUUGAGCAGCGGGGCUUUAAGCUGGUUGGCCUGAAAAUGUUGCAGGCGUCUGAUGAUCUCCUGUCUCAGCACUACUGUGAACUGAGGACUAAGCCCUUCUAUCCAAGGCUGCUGCAUUACAUGACCUCAGGGCCUGUUGUUGCCAUGGUGUGGGAAGGGCACAAAGUAGUCCAGACAUCACGUACGAUGGUGGGACAUACUAACCCAGUGGAGGCCCAGGCAGGCACAAUCAGAGGAGAUUUCAGCUUUCAUGUCAGCAGGAAUGUAGUUCAUGCCAGUGAUUCACCAGAGGGGGCACAGAGGGAGAUCCAGCUGUGGUUUCAGAGAAAGGAGCUCCUGAACUGGGACUGCUGUGACCAGACCAUGACCUGUGAGGUGUGAAGACGCUGAGAGCCGGAAACAGUGAGAAUCAGUAAUACUACCUCUUCUCUCGCGGCUCCUGUCUCUUGUGACCACAGUGAUUGAAAAAGAUGAGUCAUAUUCAGUGUUCCUACCAAAUAAUUUACCUCAGUAAGUGCACUUAGGGUCACAAAGAUUGUUGUUGAAACAAAUGUGACAUUUAAUUAUAAAUCAAGCUACAUUAGCAACUACACACAUUAUUUUAUAGCUGUUACAUCUUUCAUUGAACAGCCAUAAAAGUAAAAAUUUGCAUUUGCCCUUAAAGUGAGAUGUGUGUAGUAAUCAUUUGUCAUUCUGGCCCUCGCAGCAGAUAAAUACAGUAUUUCAAUAAUAUGCGUGAAACAUGGAUGUGCAAUGUGGAGCUAUGGUGGAUUAAUUUAAUUAAACAUGAAUGACAGAUGCAGAAAUAGUGGCUCAGUACCUGAUUCACAGCUUAAAUGUAUUGCAUGUGGCUAACAAUCAAUCUAAAUAGCUAGUGGUCUGGACAGUCUAAACUGCUAUUAAGUUACAAUUUACUUUAUGUCUAAAUCAAAUUUUAUUACCAAGCAGUAAUUACAAAGUAAGAUCUAAUUUGAUUUAAAAAGAACUGACUUUCACCCCCCGUAGCUGCUCUGCUGUAUAAUGAUCAGCUCCAGCAGGCUAAUAGAUUCACAAAUAAUUGUGUUAAUAUUAUAACUUUUUCAUCACGGAGAGAAAAAAUUUUAAAGUUACGGAAAUCCCCUUUUUGGCAACAUUAUAUAUUUUGACAAAGUGUUGUUGUGAAAUAAUAAUAAGUAAUAAGUAAAAUGUUGUAUACUUUAUUUUUUGUUUAACAAAUUAUAUGUAGUAGUGUUGUUUUGGGAGUAAUGUGUUUACUUGAACUAUGUCCUCAAAUACUUUUAAGUGUAAUAAUAAUACUUGACUGAAAUUGUAACCAAGUACUAUUGUAAAACUGAAAUUGUUAGUAAUCAUUCUACCGAUAGAUAGAAAUUAAAUAAGAGGAAAAGAAAUAACAGUUUUAAGUGCAAACCUUGCAGGAGUUGUCUGAAAUAGUAAUAGUUGUUCGGAGUUCAGCCAAAAUCAAAUAAUCACUGUUUACACUAGAACAUUUGACCUCUGAAGAGUUAUUUGUACAAUGUGCUUGUGCUGUCAGUGUAAAAAUGAAGUAACAUGAUGACAUGAUGAUAAAUGAUUCAAAUUGUAAGUAUGUUGACAUCUUCAGUCUCACUUUUGUAAUCAAUCAUACAGCAGAAUAAAAUACUUUAGUCUGUUGCACAUAAUAUCAAUUAUGGAAAUACUUAUUCAGCAUUCUUCACAUAAUUGAAUUGAUUACUUUGAUCAUAUAACUUGUCUUUGUCAGAAUAUGGAAAGAAGGGUUGCAGUAAACUCACAGAUAUGAUACAAAAAUACACAUCAUUUAAGUUCUAUUUAAGCCAAUACAUUGACAGCAAUUUAUCACGUAUGUUACUGUAUUGUACAUUAUGUCAUGAUAUAAGCCACAGCUAAA